AAUUUGCUAUCAUCGAACACAGAAAAGAUUUAAAUUAUUAAUUUUUUUGUAUCGAUGGCAGACAAGAGCUCUUGGAUAAGCCCUCAGAAUUUGAACAACUUUUGUAUUUUUUAAAGGGAGUUUAUUUAAAUAUUAAAACUCCGAAUCGGAGUGAAUACGGAUUUAAAAAAAUCUCGAUCACUCCAGAAUCACUUCGCUGGAAAAACAAACUCCGGAGUAAUUUUUAAAAAAACUCAGUAACUCCGAAUGACUUGAGAUUUAACUAAAAUCCCGAUUUUUUACAGCGUAGUGAUAGUUAUAAAUUAACUUAAACGACAACUGUAACGAAAAUAAAAGCUAACGUGUUGUCACAGAGCAAAUAAGAUGUGGAAAUGUAGGACACUGAGUAGUGAGAACUAAGUGAGAAACCAGUGACUGCACGAUAACAUUGAGAAGUAAAAUAAAAUGGAUAAGGGCGGAUAGAAAAGGGUAAAAAAAUAGUAGCAGUAAUGAAUCGUGUGUAUACUAGAUGGGUUGAUAGGUCAAUGUGCUCUGGUUGAGAGAAGACAAAAAUGUUAUCAGAACGGCUAGUAGGUGUACCAGUGCCUCACAUUGAUUUUCACGGGGGGUUGAGAGGAUCUAAGGGUGGAUGAAACACGAAUGGAAGCUAAGGCCUUUAUCCUCACUCUUCUCUGCCAAUCUCUCCUUCUGCUGUACUUUUACCUCCGUCUCCGCUUUCUCAAGCAAGCUUUACCUCAACUCUGUUUUUCUACCCCGUUAUUUCUUUAUUUUUAUUCCCACCAUAUUUUUCACCCUCUUCCGAUCAACACUUUCUCCUUUAUCCGUCUUUCCUCCUCAUUUAUCACCUUCGUAUGGUAAGCGCAACCCAAAUUAAUCAUUAUAAUCGAUUGUAGAUCGCACCUAAACCUUUAGAUAAAUUAAUAUCACUCUUUUCACCUCUACUUCAUUCCAUUCUAUUAUAUUCUAUUCUAUUCUACUCUACUCUAUUUUUUUUCGCUACAAUAAUUUAAUAUCGCAGUAAUUGCGCAGAGUUUAAUGUGAACUUAAAUUCCGUAUAUUAAAAUAAAUUAUUUAAAUAAUGUAAUAAUUAUUCUUGGUAUUUUUAUAAAAAAAAAAAAAAAAAAAAUUGGUACUUGAGAUUGCAAUAAAUUUUAUAAAUGAAUUGUGUAAAAAAAAUGGAGACAAAAAAGGUUGAAAUGUCGAGUGUCAUUAGAUGUGAAAAAGUUUUUAGUUCUUCGCUGAUAACCCGUCCAGCAACCCGACGACGACAAAGAGGCUGCGUCAACCGCGUAAUUUAAAGAGCGCCGUAACCACCAUAUACUCUAUCAUCACAAUAAUAAAAAAAAACCAAAAAAUAUUUAAACCGUAAGAGGGUAAAAUGACAAAAAAUUAAAUACAAAUGAGUAGAUUAAAGUAAAGUAAAAAAUAGUAACAAUAAAAAAAAAAUCCAGUUAAGUAAGCGACGAAUUAUCAGGAUUAAAAAAAAAGUAUCUCUGUAAUUUCUUAUCGCACGUACCAGAUACGUUUUAUAUUUUCCUUUACGACUUAACGCAUAAUUUACCAGCCUAAUUUUAUUUAACUCUUAUAAAUUUUAUUAUUUUCUUUCCGUCCAUAUAAAAUGCUAAUAAAAAGUACAUUCAGUAGCGUACACAAUAUCUCCUUUUUAUUUUAUUUUUACCCAUCUUGUAUUCAUAAAACCAAAAAAAACUAAAUGAACAAGAGAAGAAAAGAGCAUUUUAUAAAGAACCAGAAGAUGUACCGACGACAAGAUUCAUCAAACAUGGAUACGAGUAUUAAAUUAUAUAGCUCAUAUAUUUACCGUACCAUCCUUUGGCAUAUUUUUUUUUUUAUUAUACACAUAUAUAAUGUAUUAUAAUUCAAGUUAAGUAUAUAAGUAAAGAGGGAUGUAAUCAUCAAAGCGUAAUGACUAAUCGAUCCGCUCGUGUAAUACUGAGGAGUAUGUCGACGCAGUUCGACGCGCCGAAUCGUUAGACGCAAUUUAUUCGACGCGUGCUGAUUAAUUAUAACUACAAUCUCUGGCCGAUCCUCUUUGCUUUACUUUACAUCAUCCCUCUGUGGAUUAUAAGGCUCUAAUGUAAUCGAAUAUGUCAUUAAUAUCAUAAUUAUAAUCCCUAUUAAUAUUACCAUGGUGUUAUUUUUUUAAAAUUUAUGUCAAAAGUGACAUUGAUGUAUUUGUUAUCCAUUUAAAAAAUUUUCCUUGCUUGGAAAAACAUUGGAUGCCGAUCCAUUAUCCUCUGGUACACAGAUGAGAUUAAACGCGUGGUUCAACCACCGGUAUAUAUAAAUAUAUAUGUAUAUAUAACUGCAGUCGCACAUGGCGCAACGCAGUAAUUGUGAUAACGUUAUGACGCAACGUCAUACUUGAGGGAAUGAAAAAAAGGCGACUCUAUUCGUCAUUUAGAUGACUGGUGCAUCUGCUGGCAUCAGUUGAUGUCAAGUACCACUGGGUUGCUGACACACUAUCAAUUAAAGUAAUAAGAAGUAUAUAUUAUAUUACAUUGUUGAUUAUGUAUAUAUAUAUGAGAGUAGAAUAAGGAAUAAUAAAACCGGUAGAUGUAGACCAAUGACACGUUGGUUGCUCCUGCGCCCUGGGAUGCUGGAUGAUCCCUCUUUUCUCUGAACUCUCUGACGUCUCUGGUCCUGCGCGAAGAUACUCCAGUCACCCUCUGUCCAGAUUUAACUGACGUUAAACUAGUGAUAGCCAGGCAGCCUCCAUAGCCGCUUCCUGUUUCCUGUUAAAUCAGUUCCUCGAAGCCGGACUUGUUCAUUUUUUAUAUCGACUCUCGCAACGUGCUUUUAAAUAAUUCAGUCUUGAUGAGUUUAAAUCAAGUAACCGCCAAGUGCUGAGAAGAAAAUCUAUAAAAGUCUAGAGGAAUGCAAGACAACGACUCGAUUACUCGAAUAAAAGAUUUAAAUAAUAGUUGAGUUAAUUACCAGCUGAAUGAGCUUGAAAUAAUAGUGAGCAUGAGCGAAUCUUGUUCUCUAGUGGUCUGUGAUAUCAAUACAAGAUUUUCUUCAGUGUCUUUGCUCUAAAAUAAUCUCCGCGGAUUUUAGAGCCGCGAUAUCUGAGCGCACAUACAAUAAUACUCUAACAUAAAUAACUGAUACGGUCCAUAUACAUAUUCAUAUAUGUAUAUAUGUAUUUCUGCUAAAUAAAACGCGCAGGACUCUGCAGUGGGUGAUAAACCAGAGCCAAUCACGCGUUUUCGGUGUCCCGCCAUGUCACGAGUGGCAUAAGUAUUCGAAAAAGCUACGUAAUAUAUACGACAUACUAUUAUAUUUUUUAAAAUACUAAGUGUGUACAAAAGUGAAAAAUGAUUGUAGCACAGAUCCUAAUGGUGAUGGUGAUGGUUCUUUUGGUAAUGGCCACGCAAAUGUUAUGAACACGAGGCUACGAUAUGUAGAUAAACACUCAUGGGAUUUGUUUACGUUCUGUGAGGUAUAUUUUUAUUUAUAUAUUAUGCAUCAUAUAUAUGCUUAUAUAUAAACAUAUGUAUUUAUUUUUGCCACUGUGUCGGUGAAUGGAAUUUUAAUAAAGUUGAUGCUGCAGCGUGACGAGGAUUACAGAUCGUCGGACCAGAAAUGUGCGCAAAUAUUUGACGGCAGUAUUAACGGCAAUGUGACGUCGGUAUCGUAAUGGUAAUAAUGGAGAUGGAAAUGGAAAUGGAAAUGGAAAUGGAAAUACUGAAAGAGAGGAAAUUUGAUUGAUGUUAGAAAGUAAUAGUGAGGAACAUUGAUCUUGAGUUGUCAUGUGGGAAAAAAGUAAUAAUUGUCUGAGACUAAGUGCAGAAACGAUGGCGAACUCAUUCUGACUUGAUUACUAUCAUUAUUUUUUUUUAUUAUCAUUAUUUUUGUCGUUUUAUGUCCUCGGGUUCACGGGCUCCAUAUAUUUAUAUAUCUCGAGGGCUCUUGUGUCAGUUCGAGAUGAGCGUGAUGAGGUCUCUCCGUUAUACAAGUGAGGGAGGGCUGCUGCUGUCGUCGGUGCUGUUGCGGAGGAGAAAAUCGAACUAUCGAGAAUACUCUAGCAUCACAACGCAUGGGAAAUGAGUCGGUGGUAGAUCAGAGACACUUGUUGCUUGAACGAGUCGUAAGAGAUCGGGGCAGAAGCCGACGAAGAAGAGGUGUAAGUGGACGAGAACGUGGAAGGAGGAAGAAGAGGAAACGGCCGGGUGGUCGGACUGGAAAAAAUAAUAUUUGUUGUACGAGCAAGAACAAGUUGUGGUGGAGGUGGUGAGCAAGGAACCCGGAAAGGAAGGAAUAGAGAAGCUGGAAAAGCACCGGCAGCAGUUGCAACAGCAGCAACGAUUAGUGAAGCGCUGACACGGAAAAUGAUUGAGGCCAAGUUGUGGGUCGUGCGGUGACAUCCGGUCGCGCGCAUUGUCCAAUCCUGGUUGGACAUGUUCGCGUGAAAAGACAGGAUUUAAAUGUCUACAACUAUAUUAUGUCUAAAUAAUAAUUAUUAUUAUUAUUUAUAUAAUUAAAUAAAAUAACAAUAUUACCCUCGGUUUUAUAAAUGAGAUGAAAUGAAUGGGUUUUUGGGAGGACUGUAGUGAGGAAGCGGCACUCGAGCAAGCUGCUUCCGUCAGCCGGUGUUCCGCCGGUAAAUUUAAUUAUAAUAAUAAAAUAAACAACCAUAGUAAAAAUAAUAAUAAUAAUAAUAAUAAUAUCAGAAAUAAUUUGACGGACCAUCAUCACACGUGGAGGGACGCGGCUACAGUGGCGGCUGCGCCGACGACGAUCGGAAGGCUGGAUUACCUCCGUGGAAUGUCUUCGGGCGCCAAGCGGCUGGUGCAGUCGCUGAGGGGCCAUAACGGUGCUAGUGCCAGCGGACAAUCAUCUGCUCAUCUCGGUAAAAACGAUUGUUUCGCAGUACGCGGUGCCGGUGUUGAUAACUCUGGAGCUGGAAGUACCAGCGCCACGCGACUCUGUUAUUACGACAGCGGCCACGAGCUAGACGAAAUAUCCGUUGUCGGGAGUGCUGCGACCCCAACGACACCCUGUCACUACUCUUCGGGAAAUAAGUACGGGAGCGGACAGACCCUCUACAGUAUCGCGACUACUGUGCCGCCCGCGGCUAUUUCGACCCCCGUUGCUCCAUCAUCCGCGAUAUCUUCCACCGCAAGAGGAGCUGCGACGGCUGCUGGUCAAGCAUCGACCGGCAGUUAUCCGGGUCUGAUCGGCGGCUAUGGGGACGGCGAUAGGCGGAUUGGGAAUGCCCGUGCGCCGGACAUCAGACUUAGGGGUGAGGAAGACACCAAGAGUGUCGAGAGUGCGGUAUCGAGGUCCAAACAGAGUUUGCUGGACAUGGGAUUCGAUCGGCUGAUGGGCCGGCCGUCUAAUCAGCGGUAUUACCACCAACAUCAUCAUUACCAGCAGCAUCAGCAGUCUAAAGAGCAGCGGGGUCGUCAGCAGGAGCAGCAGAUUUACUCUGUUUCGCAGAGAUACUUUGGCUCGUCUCGUGAUUCUCUGCACGGGGCUUACGUAAAUCGUGGUGCGAGUGAGCUAGACCUGAGUCGUAAGUCAAGAAGAAAGGAUCAGUCUCGGGGUAAGUUAAAAUUUCCAAAUGUCGUGAGUCUGAGCUCGUCGCGGGAUGCGUCCCAUCUGCGCAGUUUGGCCUCCACGAAUCAUCUAAAUGUUAACAGCAGCUGCAACGGCACUGAAACAAGAUACACAGCCCAACAGCAGCAGCAGCAGCGAGGAAGCCGGGGGUACCCAGGACAACCUGGCCAACGAGGUUUUAGAACCGGCGCACCUAAUUGGUCGUUUGUCUUUGAUCCCGCGGGACGAUUAUGUUAUUAUUGGUCGAUGGUAGUCUCCUUGGCUUUCCUCUACAACUUCUGGGUUAUCAUCUAUAGGUUUGCCUUCCAGGAAAUAAAUGGUGAAACGCUGGUGGUGUGGUUCUGCCUCGACUACUUUUCAGACCUUCUUUAUCUCGUGGAUAUAGUGUUUCAUUUUCGUACGGGUUAUCUCGAAGACGGGGUGCUGCAAACUGACGCAACUAAAUUAAGAAACCACUACAUGAAUACCACAACAUUUUAUAUUGACUGCCUGUGCCUGCUACCCCUUGACUUUUUGUACUUAUCUAUAGGGUUCAACAGUAUCCUCCGAAGUUUUAGGCUCGUUAAAAUUUACCGAUUCUGGGCGUUUAUGGAUCGCACUGAACGACACACCAAUUAUCCGAAUUUAUUUCGAUCCACAUCCUUGAUUCAUUACUUGCUGGUGAUAUUUCACUGGAACGGGUGCCUCUAUCAUAUUAUUUAUAAGAACAACGGGUUUGGGAGCAAGAACUGGGUGUUCAAUGACUCCGAAGCCGCGGAUGUAGUGAAACAGUAUCUGCAAAGCUACUACUGGUGCACGCUCGCCUUGACAACUAUCGGAGAUUUGCCGAGACCACGGAGCAAAAGCGAGUAUUUGUUUGUUAUAGUCCAGCUACUGUUUGGUUUGCUGCUUUUUGCAACCGUCCUCGGUCAUGUAGCCAACAUCGUAACAUCUGUCAGUGCAGCACGUAAAGAAUUUCAAGCUAAACUCGACGGAGUAAAGACUUACAUGCGAAUGCGCCGUGUGCCAAACCAUCUGCAAAUCAAAGUGAUCAAGUGGUUUGACUAUUUGUGGCUUACGCAAAAGUGCUCGGAUGAAGAGAAGGCCGUGAGCUGUCUGCCUGAUAAACUAAAAGCGGAAAUAGCUAUAAAUGUUCACCUAGAUACACUGAGAAGAGUUGAAAUAUUUCAAAAUACAGAGGCUGGAUUUCUCUGUGAGUUGGUACUUAGAUUGAGACCAGUACUCUUUUCACCAGGCGAUUAUAUAUGUCGAAAAGGUGAGGUAGGCAAGGAAAUGUACAUAGUAAAUCGUGGAAGGCUGCAAGUUGUAGCAGACAACGGGAAGACUGUGCUGGCAACACUAAAAGCCGGCUCAUACUUCGGGGAAAUCAGCAUUCUCAAUAUGGGGACUGCAGGUAAUCGACGAACAGCCAGUGUAAGGUCUGUCGGUUAUUCCGACCUCUUUGUACUGAGCAAAAAAGACAUGUGGGACGUGUUGAAGGAGUAUCCAGCAGCGAGGGUGCGGCUUGAGGCCAUUGCCGUCAAGAGGCUUGAAAAAUACAAGCGAGCUCCGCUCGAGAAAGCGGCGAUGGGAAGGAGUCAAAGCACGCCGGGGUUGGUAGAGUCGGAGGGACGAAUUACUCUGGAAGAUAUGUGGAUAACACCCAGUGAAUUACGUACACCACGUUCGCUGUUUUCACCCAGUCCGAGCCCCAUUACCGCCUCAUCGCUUCACGGUUUACGUGCGGGGGUUGAUGCAGCUGUUGAUACAAACACUAUCGGAACAGCGGCUGCGGCAGAUAGAACACGGGCUGCAGCAGACAGUCCGAUGAGCGCGACCAGCAGCGGCCGCAGCAGUGAAGAUCAAACUGCACGAGUUCCGCACUCGACGAUGACGCAGCCGUCGAUAGGCCGACAAUCGACCCACUCUGGUAUGACUUGCAACAGCAUGACACAGUUGAUGUCCGAGGGUGCGGCGACGCCACUACUGGGUGUUAGCAGUCACGAAGCGUUACUUGCUGAGAUAAAGCGGCUGAGAGAACGUUUGAUAUGCUUGGAAACCGAAAAUGCCGCGAUGAGUGACAAAUUAAAUCAACAACAGUGGGCAGUUGAACACAGGCUUGCCGAAAUAGAGAUGCAGAUUUGCGGGGCAAGUUCGACCUCAAGUGUCGAGGACACUGAGCGUAAUCGUGAGAGCAUUAUUUAACGAGAAAUCU